UUGGCGCUCCACCUGUUGGCAGCCGGUCAGGUUGUGCCCCUCAGAGGUCAGACUGAGGGGACAGCCCUGAACCAUCCCUCCCUGACCAUGAGCCCUUUACGCCACAGGGGCUCGGCCAUUGCCAAGAUUGUGGGUUCCAACGCUGCUCGCAAUCCAAAUUUUGACAACACCGUCAAGAUGUGGGUGUUUGAGGAGAUGGUGAAUGGACGCAAACUGACCGAAAUCAUCAACACCAGCCAUGAGAAUGUGAAGUAUCUUCCAGGACACAGGCUUCCAGAUAAUGUGCUGGCAGUGCCAGAGCUGGAGGACGCGGCCCGCGACGCCGACAUCCUGGUGUUUGUGAUCCCACAUCAGUUUGUGGGCAAAGUGUGCGACACUAUAAAGGGCCGGAUUAAGAGUGAUGCCCUGGGAAUAUCCCUCAUCAAGGGGGUGGACGAGGGGCCCGACGGCCUCAAGCUCAUCUCCGACGUGAUCCAGGAGAAGCUGGGCAUCACCAUGAGCGUGCUGAUGGGCGCCAACAUCGCCAACGAGGUCGCCGACGAGAAGUUCUGUGAAACCACCAUCGGCUGUAAGAAUAAAAACCAUGGAGCUCUCCUCAAGGAGCUGAUGCAGACCAGCAAUUUUCGAGUAACUGUUGUAGAGGAGUACGACGUGGUGGAAAUCUGUGGAGCUCUGAAGAACAUAGUCGCGGUGGGUGCGGGUUUCUGUGACGGCCUGGGCUUCGGGGACAACACAAAGGCAGCGGUCAUCCGGCUGGGCCUGAUGGAGAUGAUUGCCUUCGCCCGCAUUUUCUGCACAGCCGGGCCCGUCUCUUCGGCCACCUUCCUGGAGAGCUGCGGGGUGGCCGACCUCAUCACCACCUGCUACGGCGGCCGCAACCGCAGAGUCGCCGAAGCUUUCGCCAAGACGGGAAAGUCCAUCGAGGUUCUGGAGAAGGAGAUGCUGAACGGGCAGAAGCUGCAGGGGCCGGCCACCGCCGCCGAGGUGUACCUCAUCCUCAAGCACAAGAACCUGAUAGACAAGUUUCCGCUGUUCAACGCCGUCUAUCAGAUCUGCUUUCAGGGCCAUCCCGUCACAGAGUUCAUCAGCUGUUUGCAGAACCACCCAGAACACAUGUAA